GAAUUUGCUAAAACUAUAAAGCGGCCGUUUACUGUUUACUACGAUGCAUACACCGAGACUAUGGAAUUCUGGGAGGACGACUCACGUGAUCGGCUAGUGCGGCGGGUGAAAAGUGAUCUUGAAACUAUUGAAGAGGCGCUAACAAGCAGCAUCUGA